AUGAAUAUCAUGAGACAGAUCAUGAGAUGUAAAUGGACGCUAAGGAUCAGAGGUGGACACGGGAACACAGUUCAAAACCGGGGACCUCAGAAAUAUACAAGGGAUUACAGGGGAACCCCAGUGCGCACUCAAAAUCACAGUGAUUCACAAGUGGACACAGGGAAUUACAGUGGACAAAGAGGGCCACUAGGUAAGCAUAGGAGAACAAUGAGAAUUACAGGGAACACUUGUGAAGUCGGGAAUUCAUACAGGGCAACACAGGAGAACAAGGGAACACAGGGGAAUACAGGGGAAUGCAGGAGAACGCAGGGGAUCACAGGGGAAUACAGGGGAUCACAUGGGAUCACAUGGGAACGCAGGGGAAUGCAGGGGAAUGACGGGGAACACAUGGGAAUACAGGGGAAUACAAGGGAACACAGGGGAACACAGGGGAUCACAUGGGAAUACAGGGGAACACAUGGGAACACAGGCGAUCACAUGGGAAUACAAGGGAAUACAGGGGAAUGCAGGGGAACACAUGGGAAUACAGGGGAACACAGUGGAUCACAUAGGAAUACAGGGGAACACAUGGGAAUACAGGUGAAUACAGGGGAACACAGGGGAUCACAUGGGAACACAGGGGAACACAUGGGAAUACAAGGGAACACAGGGGAACACAGGGGAUCACAUAGGAAUACAGGGGAACACAUGGGAAUACAG